AAAUCAGGCAAACACCUCUCCUUCAAGUGAGCACCGACCCAAAGGAGCAGGAAACAGGAAAUGUGCGCGUCGGAGGGAGACCGGGGCUCCGCAGCAUCCUGAGCGCGGGCGAGCCAGCUGACAUGACUGCGCUGUGUGUCGCCCUGGUCUUGGUCCUGGGACUCGCGCUCUGUCACUCCGACCAGGGCAAUGAUGAGGAGUUGGAACACUCAGGAUACAUCACCACAGAAGAAGGAAUACUAGACGAGGAGACAACAACAAGCGUUUUGGCUGCAGGGACCACAGAAGUGUUGGCCGCAGACACAAAUUCUACCUCCACUGGUGAGACUGUCGACCCCUCACACCAGCUGCAGUUUGUGUUAAUGGUGGUGGUCCCACUGGCUGUGCUGGUCUUCCUUCUAUCAGUGAUUCUCAUCGCCAUCUACCUUAAAAGCAAGAGACCUAAACGAGAGCCUUCUAGCCAAGGAUCUCAAAGUGUCUUGCAGACAUAUGAACCAGUUGGUGAAAACCUGAAAGUCCCUAUUUUUGAAGAGGACACGCCCUCUGUUAUGGAAAUAGAGAUGGAAGAGCUUGAUAAAUGGAUGAGCAGCAUGACGAGGAACGCCGACUAUGAAGGUUUACCUACUUUGAAGGAAGAAAAGGAACCAAAUCUCAGCCCAAGUGACAACGAAUCCUAAAUCUGAGCAGUGUUGAUGUUUUCCAAGAGCACGCUCCCUGAGGACACUUGCUGGGCCUGCCGAGGGAAGAUGAAGAGGAGAUGGGUUGAAUUAAUUUCAAAUCAGUGUAGACACAAGAAGCUUUUACUGCUUCUCCCACCAGCCCUCUUCAGAAGACGACAUCAUGGACUUGGAGGAAGGAAGGACUGAAGUCCUCAGAAAGGGUCUGGCUUCCCGCCAUCCCGCUCAGGGUGCAGGAGCGCUGAGGCGCUGGCUUCUACUCAGUGGCUGUCCCUCCUCACUGCCUUCUCCCUCAUUCUGAUCACCCUUAAUUCGCCGUCACUGCUCUGCUUCACCCCUGAGGAGGGUUCAAAUCAGGAAGCUGGUCUUCUUCCAGGUCACCUCACUAUCUAACUAACUAUCUCAUUAUUCAUGUCCUCUGACGGUCAACCCCAUUCAUCUGGGGACUUUUCUCGUGUUACGUUGUGCAAUGGAAAAGACACCAAACAAAGCCAAGUCGUUCAGAGCCACACCAUCCCAGGGAGUUGUUAAGCUUGUUUCUUACCUGCUAAGAAAACAUAGCAAGAAAGUGCACAGUCCUCAUGGGACAUCCUUGGGUGGCUUGUAGACACACACUCAGCCACACUCAGCCACCUCUCAGUCACUGUGGAAACUUUGUGGAAGAAACAGCAAUCUUUAAAGGGAGAAGCAACAUUUUCCUUCUCUGCUAAGAUCAUCUCCACUUGCAACAUCUCGAAGCUGCAGUUCCCAGCUUGUCUCACCCCACAGGCCUGGCCUGUGCUGUGCAGGUAUGGGGCAUGGAAUGCAUCCUUCUGCAUCAUGGAGAUCUUCAAGGCUGAACAAGAUAUAGCUGUCCCCGUGGCAGCUGUACCUCGCUGUCCUCUCCGGUCUCUCCUGCAGGAUACAGCCCUUCCUGUAGGUCUGGGGAGAGUCCCCAAUCCUCAACACAGCACUCUGAGGUGGCUAUCAGGCCAUGAGAGAAGACAUUCUACAUGAGAUUACUUGACAUCCAUGUGCUAAAAACAUUGGAGCAAAAUGCAGAAUGAACCUCUUCUCUAUCACGUCAGUCCUAUUUAGUCCUUAGCUUUCUAAUUCUGACCUCAGGAAGGCCAUCUAGCAAAUCAAGUCCUCAGCUCUCCUGGGAUGCUUGGUAUUUUAUUCCAGGAAAGAAACAGAAUGAAAAUUUUAUUCUGCAACCCACGUAUAAACCAAGGGGAGAUGAAGUUAACGGAACUUUCUGCUGCUGACUUUGGGGUCUGUGUUUGAAAGGCCGCCUUGACGCUCCAUGGAGUGCCUUCUGCCUCCCUGGGGCCCCUCUAUCAUGCUCUUACCUUCCAAGCUAUGCAGAUCAUUUUAUAGACAGAGCUGCAGGCUAGGGUGGUUUCUCGAUGCAGUGAAAGACAACUCUGGUUGCAUUGAAUCCCGGCUCUCCCACUGUCCUGGGCCUGUGCAAUGCUCUGACAGAAGACAGUGUUCCACAGUGCAUCCUCAACAGGUUUGCUUGUCAUGUUCCCAGCAUUCUCCCUGACACACCCGAGUCCCUGCCCCAGUGGGCACCCACAGUCAAUUUAUCAUCUUCUCUGAUUCUCAGACGUUCACCCAGCAGAUGCCGUCUUCUGAGUCAUCACCUCUUGUCUGCUCUUCCGCCCCUGACUGUUACUGUAAAUCUGUCUCUCUCUCUCUCUGAAAAGCCUAGUUCCCUCUUCCUUGGAUUGUCUAAGACCCUUGCUGACUACCCAGGCCUUUGACCUUGAUCUAAUCCUGUCCAAAAUCAGACUUCAGAAGUUCCCAGGAGUGUCUAAGGUCUUGGACUGUUACUUUGGAUACAGCAGUGUUUCAUGAGAUGAUAAUGAAAUUCUCACUCAAUAUGCUUAAAUAACCUCUCAGACUCCCAAAGAAACAAAUUCACCAGCAUGAUGUUGAGUUUACCUCUGUGUGGACUUCUGCAGCUGCACAGAGCACAAGAACUUUCUACAAAGUUAGUUUGCUCUGGCGAGACUCAGUUUAACCCUAGGAGCCUGAAUCUUUUUUAUUACUGUACAGUUGGAGCACAGCAGAUGUAGAUGACAAUUCCAAGAAUUCUUUUUUUUACCUUUCUAAAGAUUUAUUUACUUAUGUAU